AUGGCUCUGGGGUGGCUAAGGCUGCUGCUGCUGCUGCUGCUGCUGCUGCUCGGUGUUUCAGGAUUCCAAGCUGUAGGCGAACGGGAGGAGUCAAUGUGUCUGCUAGAAGGAAAGAACAUGACUGUGGUCUGUCCUUACAACACCAUGAAAUAUGCCGCAGCCUGGCAGCGGGUGGGGAGCCAGGGCUCCCCAGAGACUCUUGUGAGCACAGAGACUACAAACCCGAACCUAAACCGGGCCCACGUUGGGAGGUACCUGCUGGAGGAUUUUCCCACUGAAUCUGUAAUCAGGGUCACGGUGACAGGGCUCCAGAGGCAGGACGUGGGGCUGUACCAGUGUGUGAUCCUCCUCUCACCUCGUGACCCUGUUAUCCUGCACGAUCGGAUUCGGCUGGUACAGUGCAAAGAGCUGCCGGUGCUGGCCAUUGUCCUGACGUGCGGAUUCAUCCUGAACAAGGGCCUGGUGUUCUCAGUCCUGUUUGUCCUUCUCUGGAAAGCCUGA